GCUACACAACCCAUUCCCAAAUUUCAAUUGAUUUUAGAUUGUGUUGGAUUUUGGAACGUUUGUGAGAAUUUCUUCUUCUGGUUCGAGAGAGAGAAAGAACAUAAUUAUUUAUUGAGAUAAUGCGGUUGAGUUGCAGUGGGUGCCGUGUGCUGCGGAAAGGCUGCAGUGAUGACUGCAGCAUAAGGCCUUGUUUGGAGUGGAUCAAAUCGGCGGAGUCUCAGGCCAACGCCACCGUCUUCCUCGCCAAGUUCUAUGGCCGCGCCGGCUUGACCAACCUCAUCAAUGCCGGACCCCCCCACCUUCGCCCAGCUAUCUUCAAGUCUUUGCUGUACGAGGCGUGCGGGCGGAUCGUCAAUCCGAUAUACGGUUCUGUGGGGCUGAUGUGGUCCAGAAACUGGGACCUCUGCCAGGCCGCCGUGGAGGCCGUGCUGAGUGGGGCGGAGAUAACUCCGAUGGCCACCGACGCCGCCGCCGAGGCCAAGAUCGGGAAAGCCUACGACAUACGCCACGUCAACAAGCAGCAGGAGGAUAACUUGCUGCUGCAUCGGGUCCGGUCCCGGGGCAGGUUCAAGAGGUCUGGACCCAAGCCCAAACCGGGUCGGGUCUGUGUAGCGGAAGACGACAGUAGUCAUAGUCAUAGUCAUUGUCGAGAUGAGGCGGCGAACCGGUCGCCCAGUCACGGUUCGUCGUUGAGCCACCAGUCGGAACCGGCAGCGGGUCCUGCCGUGGACCGGGCGAGCGAGAGCCUGGGCUCCGCCGAGACCGCCGAGCCGGAAGCGAGCGUGGACGCCGGCGAGGAGAUCGAGCUGGAUCUGACUCUCAGCUUGGAGCCGCCGGUUAAGCACUGUGCAAAGCCCAAGGCUAAUUGAUGAGCCUUGCAUGAAUUCUUGAUUUCUUGGUUGGUUGGUGGGUUAAUUUUUGGACUUUUUCGGACUAAUUACUAUAUAUAUUUAUAAUCCUUGGUUUUUAAUUUUCUUUUUUUUUUUUUUUUUUUUGCUAUAUAGAGAGAGAGCUGUACAAUGAUAAAUGCCUUUAAUUUUGAUCAAUAUGUACAUGAAUGAACAGAAAAUCUGUAAUAGAGGAGGGAAGAGAUAGUAGGAGAAAUGAUAGAGUUGAGUUGGCAGGGCAAUGGGCACAUUGGUAUUGUGCUGAAUAUAAUGUGAAUGACUUCGAUUUCGAUUUGAAUGUGUCUCGGUUACUUGCUGUUUGUUA